AUGGAACAACUAUCGGCAGCAACAUCACCUCACAUUGUGGCUUUACCCUUUAUAGGAGAAGGGCACGUGAAACCCAUGUUGAACUUGGCCAAACUUCUCUCCCACAGAGGCCACAGAAUCACCUUCGUCAACACAGACCAAUUCCACAGUCGCUUCCUCCAAUUCACAGACCUACCAUCCUUCCACACCCAAUUCCCUGGCUUUCACUUUGCAUCCAUCACUGAUGGCAUGCCCUCUGACCAUCCUCGAGAUAUGUCCAUGAUUGCCCAAUUUUCUAUGGUUAUCAGUCCUAGCGCCAGGUCCUUGGUUGCUAAAGAGUUCCGAGAACUAUUCCUCAGACUUGUCGAGAAAAAUGAACAGCGGCAGCCACCGUCAUGCAUCAUAGCCGACGGACUCAUGACAACAAUUGCCAUCGGAGUCGCACAAGAGUUCGGUAUUCCACUGAUUGCUUUCCGAACAUACAGUGCCACUUGCACUUGGGUCACAAUGCACAUGAGCAAACUUGUUCAAGAGGGAAGGCUGCUAUGGAAAAAUCAAGAGAAUACAGAUGAUGCAGCCGCAGACAUUCCUGGAAUAGAGAAUUUAUUGAGAAAAUGUGAUCUUCCGCCCUAUUUCACAUUAUUAUUGACAGAUGCAAGCCUCAGGAAGGACUUCUACGUCAAAGAAACCUUAGCAAUGACUCAAGCUUCAGCUCUUAUACUCAAUACUUUUGAACAACUAGAACCCUCCACUAUUUCUAAGCUUGCUACUGUAUUUCCAAAAGUUUUUUGUAUUGGCCCUCUUCACACUCUCUGCAAGACCAUCCUCACGACCAACAGUUCAUCGCCCGACAAAGAUGGUCGUCUGAGAAAAGAAGAUAGAAGUUGCAUGAAAUGGUUGGACAAUCAAAAGGAAAAGUCAGUAUUGUAUGUUAGCUUUGGCACUGUGGUGAGUCUAUCACAUGAGGAACUAAUGGAGUUUUGGCAUGGCCUGGUGAAUAGUUUGAAGCCUUUCUUGUGGGUUAUCCAAAAGGACUUGAUCCAGCAAAAUGUACCAAAUGAAAGGGGUGUUUUGGUCGAUUGGGCUCCUCAAGAAGAGGUUUUGGCUCACCCUGCCGUGUGUGGAUUUUUGACUCAUUGUGGAUGGAACUCUACUUUGGAAUGUAUUGCUGAAGGAGUGCCUAUGCUUUGCUGUCCAUUCAUAGCUGAUCAACCCGUUAAUAGCAGGUGUGUGAGUGAACAAUGGAGGACUGGUCUCAGUAUGAAUAGGAUGUGUGAUAGAUUGACUGUAGAAAAGAUGGUGAGAGAUUUAAUGGAGAAUGAACACAAAGAGCUCAUGAGAUCAGUGACAGAGAUUUCAAAACAUGCUCGUGAUAGUACCAAAGAGAAUGGCUCUUCUUAUCAUAAUUUACAGAAUUUGAUCAAGGACAUUGAGUUAACGAAGGAGUUGAACUAG